AAAAGCAACUAACAUAUCAGUUUUGACGAAGGGAAAGUUCGGGCAUAAGAAAACCUCUUGCAGUGUAUGAACAGGACUUGAAUCGGGGUACUGCAUUGUUUUGUGAGACAAAAAUUUAGAGUGUUAGAAGAAUGGAGGAACUAAAAUCUGCUAUGGAGGAGCACAUGGAGCUUAUGGUAGAUCUUGUUCAGAAGUUCUCCACAGAUAUUCGUGCUGGCUUUAUCCCCGCUUAUGAUAACUUUAUGGGUUUCUUCCAUGCCAUUGACUGGAAGGAACCAUGGAUAAUGGGAUUAGCAGGAUUCCAUGUUGUGUUGCUGCUUGUAGUUAUCAUCUCUAGAAAGAAAACGAACUUUCAAAUGUUUUUAUUCCUUUUGACAUUGGCUGGUGUAUAUCUUGCUGAGCCUCUGAACAAAAUUAUGGGUAAAAACUGGAAAAGCUUCUCUGGUCAGAACUACUUUGAUCCCAGUGGGCUAUUUAUGUCAGUUCUUUGGUCUGGACCUCUUCUUAUCAUUUCUAUGAUAAUCUUGGUCAAUACACUCUUCUCCUUAUGUUACUUGAUUGUUAGGUGGAAAAGAGCUGAACUGAGACAUCGUGCAAGGGCUGCUCGUAACAAACAAGAGUAGUUCAUGCUUGGCAAUGUAAUAAUAAGGUUUUGCACAAGAAUUUUGUUUUUCUUUUUUAAGAUCUGCUUAUUUAGUAUUUUUAUUAUUUCUAGUUAUGUUUGUGUACUCUAUUUACGGUAUAUUUUUUAACCUUUUAGCUCCUUUUAUCAAUAAAGGGGCUGAGUCUCUAAUGAAGUGCUAAUGUUACAAUAUUAA